AUGUCUUCGAAAAGAACACCGGAGCUAAAUGUUUCCUUUGACAAAGAAGAAAAAGAUCUCAUCAUUGAAGAGACCUCUAUUGCCAGCUCCUCAAAUGAUAAGAACCCAUUCGUUGACCCGCUAGUAGCUGCUCACUAUCGAGAAUUAUAUGAGAAGUCUCAGUACGAAUGUAGAGCUGCCUUUGACCCCGAGUUCGAAUGGGAACCUCAGGAAGAGAAAAAGGUAAUAAGAAAACUCGACUACAGAGCAGCCCUCACUGCUUGCCUUAUGUUCGUAAGUUUACAAGUUGACAGAGGGAAUCUUUCACAAGCUGUUUCGGAUAACUUGUUGAACGACUUGGGUUUGACAACAAAUGACUUUAAUACUGGUAACACCAUCUUCUUGGUGUCUUUCCUUUUAGCAGAAAUUCCUUCCCAGCUUAUCUCAAAAGCUUUGGGUCCUGACAUUUUCAUUCCCAUUCAGAUUUGCUCUUGGAGCAUUGUUGCAAUGAGUCAAUUUUUCUUGUCCGGCAAGGCUUCUUUCUUUGUUACGAGGUCUUUGAUUGGUAUGUUAGAAGGUGGAUUUAUUGCUGACUUGGUUCUAUGGUUAAGUUACUUCUAUAAGGGUAGCGAGUUGCCAAUUCGAUUGUCAUGGUUCUGGACUACAUUGUCUCUCUGUGAAAUAGGAACGUCCUUGGCUGCAUUUGGUAUAUUGAGACUUCGUGGGCUCCAUGGAAAAGAAGGGUGGAGAUGGUUGUUCCUUCUUGAAGGAGCGUUCACAUUGUCUAUUGGGUUGUGGUCGUUUUAUGCCAUGGUUCCUUCAGCUGUGCAAACCAAAAACUGGAUGCAUCCCAAGGGUUGGUUUACCGAUCGGGAAGCAAAGAUUGUUGUCAACAGAAUUCUAAGAGAUGAUCCAAGUAAAGGGGAUAUGCAUAACAGACAGCCAUUGAGUUUGAAGCAAAUUUUGAAGGCUUUGGGAGACUAUGAUUUGUAUCCACUUUAUGCCAUUGGUCUCCUUGCCUAUGCCCCAAUUGCAACAGUCAAGGCUUAUUUGACACUAAAUUUGAGACAAUUGGGAUUUUCUACUUUCGAUACAAACUUGUUGACCAUUCCUUCUAGUGUUUUGCACAUCAUCUUUUUGUUGAUAAUCACUUGGGUCACUGAAUUGGUGGAUGAUCGUUCCUACGUUAGUCUUAUUGUUCCACUAUAUGAAAUACCUUUGCUUGGGAUUCUUGCCUUUUGGAAGGGAUCCAUGUCUAAUGUUUGGGGUACUUGGGUUGUUACUACGCUUUUCCUUGGGGCUCCAUACAUUCAUGCUAUUGUCGUUGCUUGGGUUUCUAGAAACUCUUAUUCCAUUAGAACCAGAUCAGUUGCCAGUGCUGUCUACAACAUGUGUGUUCAAAUUGGUCAGAUCUAUGCCAGCAAUAUCUACAGACAAGACGACAAGCCUUUGUACAGAAGAGGUAAUAAGCAAUUGUUCGCUUUGGCUAUUGCGAUGCUCCCACUUCUACUUUUGGUGAAGGGAUAUUACACUUACAGAAAUAAACAGAAAGACAAAAUCUGGAAUGCAAUGACUGUGGAAGAGAAAGAAGAUUACAUGAAAAACAGCACCCAGGAAGGUAACAGAAGAUUGGAUUUCCGAUUUGUUCAUUAA